GUGCACAGACAACAUUAAUUCACUUAGUCUGUCAAAUAUCUACUAUAUGGCAUCGAACUACACCGCAAGCGCCUCGAACUAUUCAAGUAUAAAUCCAUGAUGGCUUGCUGCUGGAUUCGGAUCAGAUUCCAUUCUUAACGUCGAAUUCUUUUCACACGCUCAUCUUCAGAAGGCCGCCAACAUGAUCCGAGUUACCCUAGCCUCCAUUUCCUUCUUUCUCAGUCUCGGACAGACAGCAAUUGUUCCUCUGCCUUCGAGCACCGGACCGUGCGAUGUCACGCUUCAGGCAAGUGAACUAGUCGAUCUGUCUCGAACCGAUCCUUUUGACCCUAAAGGAGGAAAACGUGCUCUCAUGAUCACCACUUUUACCCCGGCAAACUGCGGAAGUGUACUUUCCACAUCAUACAUCCCGAAUGCCACAGCCAGGUAUGAGGAUGAGAGUUUCCAGUCGCUUGGAAUACCCUCAGGGACGUUCGAGUCGUUUCGGAUCCAAACCCAAACCCAGCAGCAGCCACCGCCUUCCAGUCCCCAGGGAAAUUACCCAGUCGUGCUAUUCUCACCAGCUCUGGAAACCUCAAGACUGAUAUACACAUCGCUGCUCCAAGACCUUGCCAGCUACGGAUUUGCCGUCAUCUCCGUCGAUCAUCCGUACGAUGCCAACAUCGUGGAAUACCCCGAUGGCCGCACGGUGGUCGAAAUCCUCGGGAACAUCAGUACAGAUGCACAAUACGUCUCAGCAAUCAACGUUCGCGUUCAAGACAUGAGAUUCGUCCUGAAUCAGACUCAGAACAGCACGGCGCUCGGGGAGAUCUUCCCAUUGAGCCGGGAAAAUCCCCAGCUGCUCUCUCUGGAUCGAGUUACGAUCUUUGGCCAUUCUCUAGGUGGAGCCACCGCCGCGCAGACCCUGCUGGUCGACUCUCGAUUUGUUGGGGGCAUUAACCUGGAUGGGUCACUGUGGGGGUCUGUUGUGGACGAAGGACUAUCGCGCCCGUUCCUGAUGUUCGGGAAUGCGAACCACACCCAGGCAACCGACGCCAGCUGGGCAGCGGUUUGGCCGCAUCUGCGAGGAUGGAAACUCGAACUCAAACUCGCACAGUCGAAGCACUAUACGUUCUCGGACUUUCCAGUGUUUGUCGAUGCUUUGAAUAUCUCGGACGACGCCAAGCAGAUUGUCCAGGCCGGGUAUAUUGGGACUAUAGGCGGGCUGCGGGCCAGGAACGUGAUCGUUUCGUACAUCACCGUCGCACUACGGUACUUCGUCUAUGGGCGAACGUCAGACCUACUGAGCGGACCCUCGGCAGCUUUUCCUGACGUGACUUUUGUGUCAUCUUGAGUUGGGGAGUGGCUUUUGGACCGAUCUGGCUGGCGGGACAGGUGAGUUGCCAGCUAGCCCUAUGCUGUCGCUGUGGUUGAGCCUGAUUAGGCAAGAUCUUACCCUAAGCUCACUGCUCACGAUAUAGUGGUUAGAGCGCUCUAGCAAACAGACUUGGGUUACUAAACAACAAUUCAUUGUCAACAGCUCGUUAUAGAACAAUCUUAAUCUUCCAGUACAAAGAACUUGCACAGGGAGAUUUCUUUACU